AUGGAUCUGGACGCCCGCGUUGAUGGAAAGGCUCCUCCCCGUAGUAGAGCAUUUCGCAAAAAUUCCAUCGCCCCAGAUCGACGUGAACCAGCUUUCGCGACGAUUGCAUUUGGUGCGGACGACGCAGCUACACUCUGGGUCAAUGGUGAGCCAGUUGCAACGGAGAUUGGCUGGGGUCACGCUCGAAGUUUCUGCGUUCUCCUUCGACCUCAUCUUAAUGUUUUUGCCGUCAACGCUACAAACAACGGGAACGUCAAUAACGCUGCCGGCUUCCUUUUCACUGCAAUAAUCACUUACAUGGAUAGAUUCCACGGGCUAUCAUACGACGAUAGCUCUUGGAUGCCAGUCAAAUCUACUAGGGAGUAUGCUACUGAUGCUAUCGCUAUCGCAGGACGCGACGAUUUAUCUUUUGCUCCUGCUAGGUGGAUCUGGACCGGUGAGCUCAAUGAUGGUAGAGCGCCCCCUGGGGCCCGAGCCUUCCGGUUGACUGUGAAUCUCCCGCCUAAACACACUCUCGCAUCCGCAACCAUUCUCGUUACUGCCGAUGACUAUUAUUCUUUCUAUGUGAACGGUCGUUUUGUCGGAUCGGGGAUUCAAUACAUGGCUGCUCAGCGAUUCGAAGUCGAUGAUAUUCAGGGUCCUCGCAUUGUCUUCGCAGUAUAUGCUGAGAACAAAGUUGCCCCAGAAGGGUGGAACCCUGCUGGCCUUAUUUCAGCUAUACGCGUUACCUCCCGAGAUCCGACACUUUCCUGUUUACAAGGAUGCUCAAUCACCCAUGAUUGGUUCACUGAUGCGGGCUGGAAGGCCUACCCCGGGGAUGCUCCUCCAUAUGGAUUUGAGCUUCCAGUUUUCGACGAUUCGAAUUGGGCAUAUGCAGCAGUAAGAGAACGACUUCCGGGACGCUUCUCUAUUCCUGCUAUCGGUGAGAUGGAUGAGUCCGGGAGCCCGUUGCCCGGCGCUCCUCGUGGGGUUCCAUUCCAAAAGACUAUUCUUCGACACCAAUCCGAGUCGUCCCGCCAGGCAAGCCAUCGUUCGGACUCACACUACCGCCAGAAUUACCAAUCAGAGUUCUCCCAUUAUCCCGCCGACCCUUAUUCUCAGCCCCACCGGUCCCAAGCAAGUAUGAAUUCAGAUGCCCAUGAGCACCAUAGCGGCACCUUCGCGUCUGAAUUCCGCGCAGGUAGCCUGCCCGGGGAGUUUGUUGAUCAGCCUACACAGGUAGCCAGUCACUUCAUGACUGUACAUGCGUCCCUGUCAAUGGAAAAGGACCUGAAUUUGGCAGGAGUGUGUAUUUGA